AUGAUGUUGAGAAAGCAGAGGGGUCGACGCAGUCGGACGAAUCGUGGGAUCUGGAAACCUCGCUGCGUGGUGAUCGCGUUGCCGCGGAGGAAGCUGGAAUCAAAGACAAGCAUAUCGGUGAGUCGCACCUCACAUCAUGACGGAUCGCCCCUAAUGCGAUAUACAGGCGUGAUUUGGGACAAUCUCACAGUUCGGGGCAUGGGAGGCGUGAAGACCUUCAUCAAAACCUUCCCGGAUGCGAUUAUCGAUUUCCUUAACGUUCCCGGGACAAUCAUGGACAUUUUUGGGUGGGGGAAGAAGGGACAAGAAUUCAAUAUUCUGGAAGGCUUCCGAGGCCUCACUCGCCCAGGUGAGAUGGUGCUAGUCCUUGGACGUCCGGGAUCAGGCUGCACGAGCUUCCUUAAGGUGAUUGCAAACCAAAGAUUUGGAUACACCAGCGUGGAUGGCGAGGUUCUUUACGGACCUUUCCAGUCGGACACAUUUGCGAAACGGUUCCGCGGUGAGGCUGUAUACAACCAGGAAGAUGAUAUCCAUCAGCCUACGCUCACCGUGAGACAAACUCUCGGAUUUGCCCUUGACACAAAGACCCCCCGCAAGCGACCACUUGGGGUUUCGAAAUCCGAAUUCAAGGAGAAAGUGAUCGACUUGCUUUUGAAGAUGUUCAACAUCGAACACACUGCCAACACCGUAAUUGGUAACCAGUUUGUUCGUGGUGUCUCGGGAGGUGAACGACGUCGAGUCUCAAUCGCCGAAAUGAUGAUCACCUCUGCGACGGUUUUGGCCUGGGACAACAGUACGCGUGGUCUGGAUGCUUCCACUGCUCUCGAUUUUGCCAAGUCGCUUCGCAUCCUGACAAACAUCUACAAAACAACCACAUUUGUCUCUCUAUACCAGGCGUCUGAAAACAUCUACAAACAAUUUGACAAAGUCCUUGUCAUUGACCAAGGCCGUCAAGUGUUUUUCGGUCCCGUUUCCGAGGCACGCGGCUACUUCGAAGGUCUGGGAUUCCGCGAGAAGCCUCGUCAAACCACUCCCGACUAUCUGACUGGUUGCACCGAUCCCUUUGAGAGGGAAUUCCAGGACGGGAGGAGCGCUGAAAAUGUCCCCUCCACGCCACAGGCAUUGGUCGAAGCCUUCAAUAAAUCCACUUUCAGCGAGAAAUUGGACCAGGAGAUGAAGGCUUACCGUGCCCAGAUCCAGGAGGAGAAACAGAUCCACGAUGACUUUGAGUUGGCCAACAAAGAAGCAAAGCGGAAGUUUACUUCCGAAUCUUCUGUGUAUUCCAUUCCAUUCCACUUGCAGAUUUGGGCCUUGAUGCAACGCCAGUUCCUCCUCAAAUGGCAGGAUAAGUUUGCUUUGACUGUUUCUUGGGUUACCUCCGUUGGUAUUGCCAUCAUCUUGGGUACUGUUUGGCUCAAUCAGCCCAAGACUAGUGCCGGUGCCUUUACUCGAGGAGGUCUUCUUUUCAUUAGUCUGUUGUUCAAUGGAUUCCAGGCAUUUUCCGAGCUCGCGUCUACCAUGUUGGGACGUUCUAUUGUCAACAAACACCGGUCUUUUACAUUCUACAGACCGAGUGCGCUUUUCAUCGCCCAGAUCAUCAUUGAUACUGCAUUUGCGAUUGCGCGAAUUUUGGUAUUCGCUAUCAUCGUGUAUUUCAUGUGCGGACUGGUUCUCGAUGCCGGAGCAUUCUUCAUCUUUGUUCUCAUUAUUCUUGAAGGAUACGUGACCAUGACAGUCUUCUUCCGAACGGUAGGAUGUCUCUGUCCUGACUUUGACUAUGCGAUAAAGUUCGCCUCGGUCAUCAUCACAUUCUUUGUGUUGACUUCAGGAUAUCUGAUCCAAUGGUCUGGGGCCCAGGUCUGGCUGCGUUGGAUCUUUUACAUCAAUCCAUUCGGUCUUGGCUUUGCCUCGCUGAUGGUAAAUGAGUUUAGGCAUUUGACCUUGACGUGCGAAAAAGACUCGCUUGUGCCAGCUGGCCCUGGAUAUGGAGAUAUCGCAAACCAGGCAUGUACUUUGGCGGGUGGUGAGCCGGGCUCUGCUAUCAUUCCGGGCUCGAGCUACCUUGCUGACACCUUCAACUACUACAAUGCUGAUCUUUGGCGAAACUUUGGAAUCAUGAUUGCCCUCAUUGUUGGAUUCCUCGGUUCGAACUUGUACUUUGGCGAAACUCUUCAGUUUGGUGCAGGCGGCAAGACCAUCACCUUUUUCCAGAAGGAAAACGAUGAGCGGAAAAAGUUGAAUGACGCAUUGAUGGAAAAGAAGGCACGCCGACAGACAAAGACUCUUAAUUCUGAAGAAGGGUCAAAAUUGGAAAUCACUUCCAAGUCCGUGUUCACAUGGGAAGAUGUUUCCUACGAAGUACCAGUCCCUUCUGGCACUCGGCGUCUCUUGAACUCGGUUUACGGCUAUGUUCAGCCUGGCAAACUCACUGCGCUGAUGGGAGCAUCUGGCGCAGGUAAGACGACACUCUUGGAUGUCCUCGCUGCGAGAAAGAACAUCGGUGUUGUGACUGGAGAUAUUCUGGUGGACGGAAAGCCGCCGGGUACUUCAUUCCAACGAGGAACAUCCUAUGCCGAGCAACUUGAUGUCCACGAGGACAUGCAGACUGUACGAGAAGCCCUGCGCUUCUCAGCCGAUCUCCGUCAACCAAUCGACACACCCCAGUCCGAAAAGUACGCCUAUGUGGAGGAGAUCCUGAGUCUUCUGGAGUUGGAAAACCUCGCCGAUGCAAUCAUUGGCACUCCUGAAACCGGUCUCUCGGUUGAAGAGAGGAAGCGUGUGACAAUUGGAGUUGAACUUGCAGCAAAGCCUGAGCUUCUCCUCUUCUUAGAUGAACCCACCUCUGGUUUAGACAGUCAAUCUGCCUGGAACAUUGUCCGUUUCCUUCGGAAGUUGGCAGCUUCAGGCCAAGCUAUCCUUUGCACGAUCCACCAGCCGAACUCUGCCCUUUUCGAAAACUUCGAUCGUCUUCUCCUUCUUCAAAGAGGUGGCGAGUGCAUUUACUGUGGUGAUAUCGGAUCCGACUCUGAGAUUUUGCUCGAUUAUUUCCGACGCAAUGGAGCCGACUGUCCCCCGGAUGCCAACCCCGCUGAAUGGAUGCUCGAUGCUAUUGGCGCUGGUCAAACACGUCGCAUUGGAGACCGUGACUGGGGUGACAUCUGGCGCACCUCUCCUGAACUGGAACAGGUCAAGCAAGAAAUCAUCCAAAUCAAGGCAAGCCGAGUUCAGGCCGUUGAAGAUAACACCGAUGAAGACAAAGUGGAGAGAGAAUACGCUUCGCCUCUGUGGCAUCAGAUCAAGGUUGUUGGCCGCCGGACUAACUUAUCGUUCUGGCGCUCGAGAAACUAUGGUUUCACCAGACUCUAUACCCACGUUGUCAUCGCCAUUAUUACAGGUCUUGUUUUCCUGAAUCUCGAUGAUUCCCGCUCUUCGCUGCAGUACCGCAUUUUCGUCAUUUUCAAUGUCACCGUCCUCCCCGCUAUUAUUCUUCAGAUGGUCCAGCCACGCUACGACAUGGCCCGGCUUAUCUUUUACCGCGAAUCAGCUUCAAAAACAUACAGCCAGUUUGCUUUCGCGCUGUCAAUGGUCAUUGCCGAGGCCCCGUACAGUCUGCUGUGUGCAGUCUGCUUCUUCCUUCCACUGUAUUACAUCCCGGGCUUCCAGAGCGAAUCUAGCCGAGCAGGAUAUCAGUUCCUCAUCAUCCUCAUCACUGAGAUGUUCUCUGUCACGCUAGGUCAAAUGAUCUCAGCACUGACACCCAACAGCUUCAUUGCGUCCCAGCUCAAUCCUCCAAUUGUGAUUAUUUUCUCACUUUUCUGCGGUGUUGCGAUUCCGAAGCCGCAGAUGCCGGGCUUCUGGCGUGCAUGGCUAUACCAGCUUGAUCCGUUCACUCGUCUGAUUGGUGGUAUGGUUGUGACAGAGCUCGAGGGUCGGGAUGUGGUCUGCAACGAGGCUGAGUUGAAUCUUUUCAAUGCACCUUCCAACCUCACCUGCGGCGAAUACAUGAAGCCAUUCUUUGAGAGUGGAGGGAAUGGAUACAUCGUCGAUGAUGCAGAACAGGCUUGCAAAUAUUGUGCUUAUAAGGUCGGAGAGCAGUUCUAUGCCGCAUUUAGCAUGUCCUUCGACAACCGGUGGCGUGACUUGGGUAUCUUUGCUGCUUUCAUUGGAUCUAAUUUGAUCCUCCUUUUCUUGGCCUCGCGAUAUCUCAACUUCAACCGACGUUAA